AUGUCAGUAGUCGGGGAAGCUCUUGCAGCGCCUGCUGCUGUUGCUGGAAUUGUUGGGUUCGGUUUUCAGUGCCUCGCUGGUUGUAUUGAGGGAUUCCAGCUCUUCUCGACGGCCUUCCAAGUUGGCAAACAGACGGCGCACUAUCGCUGUGCUAUCCUGCUCGAGGAACAACGGCUCUUGCUGUGGUCAAAGCGAUCUGGUCUUACCGAAGACAAGCUAGAUCGGCGUUUAAAUGAAGCGGUCAUCAACCAAGUUCUGUCAUCUCUGCGGGAGCUUCUCACAUCUACGGACAAGUUGAGCAAAAGGUAUAGCUUGAAUAUCCGUGUCGGCGAUCCACCGUCGAAUCCCGCGCCGCAUUACGACAGCCUCUCCGGAGAGGAUCUGUCGUUCCUCGAAAGCGAUACACUUGCUAAAGAGAGAGCGAGAUUACUAGAAACAGCGAAGAAAAUCCAGAAGGAUGUGCCAUUCAAACGAUUCUGGUUCGCGGCGAUCGACAAGACUAAGUUCAAGGAGCUUUUGCACGAUAUUAGACAGCUCAUACAGAGCCUAUUUGACCUCCUCGACGCCCACGUGCAAGACGACAUCUUGCAGCAACUGCGCAUGCAACAAGCGGACAUGGUCCAGCUGGCUUCGCAGCUGAGCAGCCUUCAGACUUUGAUUGAAGCAUACAAUUUGAGCGACGUUGGAAACAUACCGGAAAGGACCAUAGCGCUUUUGAGAGCCAUUGGACUGAUCCCCAUGCCUGCUUCUGCAGACAAUGCCCACGUCAACGAGUUACAAACUCUGAUGGACGAAGCCUCUCAGUCAAGGCAUGCAUCCCUCUUACCGCUGUUCAGCAGUCGUAUGGAAGACAUGAAGCAUAUGGGGCCAAGUGGCCUCCACGGAAGCGUCCUGUAUGAUGGGAGGACUCACUACGUCGAGUGGAAGCGGUACGACUGGUCGGACUCUGAGGAGUCGAGACGCAGGAUCCAGGAUAGCAUUGUCAACCUGGCGAUGCUGCUGAAUGCUCCGAAGCAUCCCGCAUUCCGGACAUUGGACUGUGUGGGCAUCAUCGACGAGCCGCGUAGUGAGAGAUACAUGUUUAUAUACGAGUGGCCAGUUGGCGGCGAACAACCGACCGCGCCCAGAUCUCUGCACGAGCUCCUGUCUUCGAGCUUUAAACCAUCCCUGACAGAUCGCAUUCGACUUUCUCGCCAGCUAGUCCAUGCCCUCUUCUAUCUGCACUUGUCAAAUUGGAUGCACAAGUCGUUCUCUAGUCACAACAUCCUCUUCUUCCCAAAGUCCUCCGAGGCACCAAGAACACUGGACGAUCCAUACAUCGUCGGAUUCUCUUACUCUCGUGAAGACGCCACCGGAGAGCCAUCCCAGAGACUGGACCGAGACCCAAAUAGCGACAUCUACCGCCACCCAGACUGCCUGGAAGAGGAUUACGCCGGCUUCCACAAAUCUUAUGACGUGUAUAGUCUCGGGUUGGUCCUGUUUGAAAUCGCAAAAUGGAGACCCUUGAAGGAAACGUUCUUGCGAAGUGCGCGGGCAAAGGCACUGCAAGCUCGAGAGAAGGCCGAGAAAGAAUUGACCAAGCAAGAACUUCGUGAGCUGGAUGAAGCAUUGCUCAGAGAGUGUAAGGCCCAAGAUAUUAAGGACAUGCGAAAGGACUUGCUUGAUACUGCUCCCAAAGACAACCAUCCAGUCGACCUCGCCUUCCGCGCUGGCGACAAGUUCAGGCAGGUAGUUCUAACAUGUCUAGGUGCCGAAUUUGACCUGGUCCGAAAGAUCAAAAGCGACCGUGAGUUUCAAGAAACAUUCUUUCAGAGUGUUUGGAGGCCGCUGGAGAAGUGCGAGGUGUGA